GUAAACAAUGGCAUGAACUCCUUAUAAAAACGGAACGUUCGUUUAUUGUCGGUUUUUAAAAAACUUACAUUUCUAAGAUCUCAGAUUUGCAGAAACAAACUUCUAGUUUGUCAUUUUUAUGUUGCUUUUUUUAACGAAGUUAUUCCAAGUAUGUGUUUAAAAUAAUGACGAGCCUAGAGAAACGUAAAAGCCAUUGCGAGUUUCCAACGGCGCCACAACCAAAAUCUAUUCUCAGACCAAAGCAAUGGAAUGAUCAAGUUGAGGAAGCAUACCGAUUUCAAGUUGCUGGAUAUAGAGACGCUAAGGAAUAUCAGCAUAUCAAUAAAGAUAUUGAGAUCGACCGCUGGCCGCAAAGUGGUUAUGUGAAAAAAUUGGAGAGACGGGACGGGACAUUUUAUUACUAUAAUAAGAACCGUGAAUGCACUGAAAAAGACGUCAACAGAACAAAAUUGUAUGCGUACUAAACACUUUUCAACAUUUUUAUAAUUUCAUGUUGAUCAUUAUGUUUAUUGUAAUGAUUUAAAUCUUAAGGUUUUCUCAAAUAUUACUAUUAUAUUUAUUAUUUGAAAAUAU